AAAAAAAACAAAGCGGUUGAUUGAAUUUGAUUGUUUUUAAAUGGAAAUAAUUGGAUUUUUUUCGCAAAAUGAAUCGAAAUAAACUCAUGAUAAUGAGUGAUAAACUAAAUAUAUGUGUAACGUGUUUAAGCACUGAUCGACGUUUAGUUCCCGUAAAAAAAAUAGCAUUCUUACUACAAGAAAUUAAUUUCAUAGAGUUGAAUGUAUUCUCUGGUGGCAUUUGCUGGGAAUGUCGCAGUAUCAUGCUAAAAGCCUGGACCCUUAAAAGACGGGCUCAGAUAGCACAAGAUUCAUUAUCACGGCUAACUGAGCAACACAAUCUCAAGCCACUUACUAGUCUAAUAUCAACAAAAUUAGAUCUUAUCCAUAAUAUAGAGUUCACACACAAUUGUGAUCCAUUAACAAACUAUGGUAGCCCAAAACUAGAAACAGAACUGAUAAAAACUGAAAUUGAAGACCUUGGAGAUGACAACCUAGACUCAUUCUCCGAAACUGAUGAAAAAAAUCUAGACAUAGACUCAAAAACUCCCGAAAUAGAUACAAAAAUUGAAAAGGUAUAUGUAGAAACGAUAAAAAGUAGAAAAAAAGAUAUAUCACUAAAGGCUAAAGUAAAAAAGAGUAAAAUAGACGAAAGAGAAAUCAGAGAGAAGUUUCUAGAAGUUGUUAUAAGUGAAGAAGAGAUGUUUAGAAGUAGAGAAGAGAAGAGAAGACAUCCUAACUUCAAGAAGUUACCUUACAAGUGUGAUAGUUGUGUGCUAGGGUUCACUAGGAAGGAGACUUGUGAUUUACAUCUGAAAAAAAAACAUGAUGAGACAAUCGGUGAUCAUCUCUGCGAUGUAUGCAGCAUAAGAUUUUCAAAUAAAUACGAUUUAGACAAACAUAGGAAGCGACAUUUUAUAUGCUUCAGAUGUAAAUUAUGUAGGUAUGAAACGCGACAAGUGUUGACAGCUCUCAAUCAUUGCAAAAUGAAACACAGUACUGAUGAGCCAAAUAGUAUACACUGUGCUAAAUGUGAUGCGGUUUUCACAACACCAAAAGAAUUAGAAAUUCACACACAAUCGGAGCACACAUUGGUAUGUAACCAAUGCGGAGUCACAUUCAAAUGGAUGAACAGCCUGAGGCGGCACAAGGUCCGCAUACACGGUGUUAAAAGAGAAUUUAUAUGUGAUAUAUGUACUAAGACUUUUAGUACUAAAACGCGUUUGGAAUCUCAUAUGGUCAAUCAUAAUGAUACGAUAGCAAAGAAGCUGGCUUAUUGUGAUAUAUGCAAAACUCAGUAUAAAAAUAUCUAUGUGUAUAGAAACCAUUUGAAGUACAGCGCUAAUCAUUCGGAGAGGGCGUUCGCCUGCACUGAAUGUAAUAAUAAGUUUGCUUCAAAAGUAUAUCUUAAGAGGCACUACAAUUUCUACCAUUUACAAAAGUCACAAUUUCACUGUGAUAUAUGUAAUAAGCUGUUUAUAUCAGAUUGGCGUCUCAAGAACCACAGACAGACUCGCCACGGGCUGAGCAGGUCGAGAGACCAUACUUGCAAUGUAUGCGGAAAGAAAUUCUAUACGCUAUCAACUCUUCGCGGCCACCAGCUGACACACUCCUCGCAGCGCUCCUACAUGUGCGAAGACUGUGGACACACCUUCAAGCAAAGGCCUGCAUUAUACACACACGCCAGACUCUUACACAAAGCUAAAUGAAUAAGUAGAAGAAAUACCACAAGAUGGCCGAAAUUUAUUGGUACAAAAUGGCGCUAGGUGCGUAGUGAGGAAAAAGAAAUUUAAA